CUGGAUCUUGUUGACUCCCAGCCAACACUACUGUAUGUGGGAGCGUCUCUGUCCAAUGCAGUGAACUUGAAGAGGACAAGUCAUUAAAGGAAUGGCAAUAUUUAAGACAUGCUUGUCCAUCUUUGCCCUUCUCCUGACACUAACUAUUUUGGAAACAGGGAACUUCAUUGAAUCUCCAAGUCGGGUUUUGCCGGAACACAAUGAAGAAGAAUCAUGUAUCCCUCACACCAGGGGGAAAAGGAGUGUGGCUACAAACCAAUGGAAUUACACGCUUGAUGUUGUAUUGAAUGCCUCUGAAGUGGCAAUAAUUCAGCAGUUUCAGUCCUCUUUGAACAGUUUUCCCAUACAACUUGGUAACAACACAGAGAUCUCGGUCAUUACCUUCACAACAGUGUGUUCCUCGACUGCCACUGGCUUCCAGUGUAGAUGUGAGGACAAUUUUGCUUGGCCAUACAGCACAUGUGUCACGUAUGGAGCCUGUGAUUCCAUUGUUAGUGGCAUCUGUACAUGCAUUGAUGCUAUUCCAGCUGAUGGACAGUCCUGCCAGGCAAUAUCAGGGCUUCUGGCUCAGGUUGAGUACGAUGUGGAUGUUGAGCUGAAUUUUACUGAUAUUGGGACCGUGGACGCCCUUAGAAGCAUCCUGGAUGCAGGUGGCUUUUCCCUAGCCUUGGGUCCAACUGUGAACGUCACCCACAUUAACAUCACCACAGGGAGGGUUUAUCUUUGGAGCGAAGGGGCCUUCAAACAAUAG